AUGCAAGCUCUUUCCCAAGAGUUUUCUAUCGCAGACGAAAUGCCUACCUUUGACCAAGUUGGCAAAUUGUUCCCAAACGAAGAGCUCUUCAUUGGUGACAACAGUGUUAACAAUAUCGACAACUCUGCCACCUUUGAUGCAGAUCUUAUGGUCAACUGGCAGGAGCCUACAUCAUUCGACCAAUCUCUGCAGCUUCCUUUGGAUCAAGGAUUCUUCACUGGCAUCUAUCAACCGCCUACUACCCAGCAGUCUUGGCAGUGCACUUUUAGAGGGGGACUUCCAACCAACCAUGUGGAUUAUCCAGUUUUCAGCCAAUCUCCGUAUCCUGCAAUGUGGUACGGGGAGGGCGGGUGUUUCAAUAAUCUUGAUCCUGGCACCAUCGUACAAAAUUCAGCCAACAAUCAUUUCCUCGAUAAUCAUUCGCUACCGACACCAGUUCCUGCAUAUGAUCAACACACCAUCACAAAUCUUCCCGCCACGGCUACAGCCUUACCUUUGAGCAACGCAAAUGCAACGGCCAUUACCGCCAAUCCAAUCACCGGUCGUUAUCCCUGCUCCUAUCCGACCUGCGCUCAAGACUUCAAGCGUCCAGGAGACCGUCUCCGACACAUCACAUCCGUUCAUCAACGCGGCCAAACAACUCAUGGAAAGAACCUCUGUCCUAUAGUUGGAUGUCGUCGAAGUUAUGGGAGGGGACUUUGUCGCCCUGAUAAAGUUAAUGACCAUUUGAGAAAGAUCCAUGGUCUCGUUAGAGCUGCUCCAGCUGCUCCAGCUGGUGGUUCGGUUGUUGCCGGUACUUCUACUCAUGGUGCUAAUGGUGUUGGCAGUUCUUCUGCAGCCGUCAGUGAAACGACUGUUAGUCUGGCCGGAAAUGGGAACUGA